AUGACAAGCAACAACGAUUCCCCAAUGUCCGGUCUCCUCCUUCUUCCGAGCCCGACCAUGGAGCGAGCUACUUCAUCAACCGGAAGGCUUAAUUCUCGCUCAAAAGAAGUUUUCUUAAACACGCCUUCGCCGCUGCGCAAAAUGGCCAGUCAGUUAUCAUCAAGUUUUCGUAGUUUUCGGUCCAGCAGCGGAAAUGAGAACCACCAGCACCAUCAUCAUCACCAUCAUCACAGAGGAUGCCUUAAUGGUAGUGGCAGGGACAGAUGGAAAAGUAGAACCGAGUUUAUAUUGAUGCUGAUUGGUUAUACGGUUGGUCUUGGUAAUGUGUGGCUGUUUCCUUACUUGUGUCAUAAAAACGGCGGAGGUAAGAUAACAGUGAUUUACUCGUACCAAAAAAUAACCAACUAAAGUUUCAUAGUCAUCUAUAGUUUUCACUCAAAUGGCUUUCAACAAUAGGACUAUCUCGAGAAACAAAUCAAGAGAUAGCCUACAACAGUAGUCUCUAUUGUUUCCGUUUGCUUUCCACCCUAAAAAUUGCACAUUCCUUCUCCUCCGUCACACUAAAAACAUUAUACUUAACGCAAAGUGUCUUUAAUUAUAUCUUCACAGCUUCUUUCCUUAUCCCAUACGGAAUUAUGCUGGCACUAGAGGGCAUACCAUUAUAUUACAUGGAACUAUGCAUUGGACAACGAAUGCGCAAAGGCUCCGUCGGAGUCUGGAGCGAAAUUUCACCUUACCUGGGAGGGCUAGGGAUAGCAUCCGUGGUGGUUUGCUUCUUAGUUUCACUGUAUUACAACGUUAUUAUUGCGUGGUGUGUUUUCUACUUUUUCAAGUCCUUUGAACAUCCUUUACCUUGGUCUUCAUGUCCACUCGAGCCAGUAACAGUCGGUAAUAUUACUACAAUGGGGCCUGUGCAUGAAUGCAACGUAUCCGCCUCUGCAACAACGUAUUUCUGGUACCGAACAACGCUACAGAUAUCAUCAAACAUUGAGGACAGCGGUGGAAUCAACUGGAAGAUUUAUGCAUGCUUAAUUGGAACAUGGGUCCUUAUUUGGCUGUGUAUGAUGAAGGGAACCAGGAUAACAGGAAAGGUAGAAGUACCUAACUUAGAGAGAUACUACAUAACUGAAUGGGUGCUGUGAACACCUUUCCUAUCAGGCGACUCUGUUGCACAAGACCGGAAAUCGUGAAUGUAUUUUCAAUUAUUUUUUUUUUUUCAUCAAUUCAUUUGGAGAUAGCAACAUCCUCAACAGAUAUUAGGGAGCUUAAGCAACGACGACGGCGACGGCAACGAGAACGGCAAAAAAUAAGUAGGUUUGGAUUUGCAAAACAACAAACCUGCACGUGCAUCACAUUUCUUUGCCGUCUUUGCACGGCCACGACGUGGAACUUCUAGGACGUGAACGCAAGACACCGAUUUCCUUUUUUUUCCUGAACUUCAAUAUAACCCCAGAGGAGUUCCUUAACUUUAAACAAAUUGUGUGAAAUGGAGCAAGAGUAACGUAUUUUGAAACGGCGCGAAGUUGCUUCCUAAGUGGCGUUUUCGCUGCCGUUGCCGUCGUGGUUGCUUACACUCUCGAUUACUGACGAUGGUGGAGGUGACGGAGGGAGUGGACUGAGAAAAAUUGUCCGUUUCUCUUCUCGGAAUGAAAAGACUAUGAAUUUUGCUAAAAAUUCUUUAAAAAACGUCAGAACGAAAGGAAAUGAAAAAGGACACAGAUUAUUACUGUUGGUUUCUUGCUGGUUGCUGGUGUAUCUAUAUCUUUUAUAUUGAUGAAUCAUAUCUGUGCUUUGAAAACGGAAGCGGGUGUACCGUGACGAAUAACUUAGUAACAGUUAGGGGAUCUUAUUACAUUUUCUUACUUGAUCUGAAGCUAGAGAAUAAUGGAACCGAGAGAGAGAGAGAAUUUCACUAAUCAAAAGUUAUUUUUAGAGGAUGUAAUUAAACGGAAGUCUAAUUCCUGAGACGUGUGCAUAUUUUAAUCAAUUGUUUGAAACGUCACCAAGUCCUCGCGUGACUGCCUUAAAGCAAACAAAGCAGAAUAUUGUAAUGGUGACUGUUGAAUUCUCUCUUGACAACACUGAAUAAAAGUUUGAGGACCUCUCCGGAAACCAACUUUAGAUUAAUUUCAAGAGUUCACUUGGUCUAAAAAUAGUUCGCUGAAAUUCACUUAUCCCAAGGGCUAGAGUGGGCGUUUCCCUCUCAGUUCCACCAUUUUCUCUUGUCUGAAGCUAAUAUACCAGCCUCCAUUUUGAUUUAAUAUUUUCACAGAUCGUAUACUUGACUGCCACGCUACCUUUGAUCUUGUUGAUAAUAUUCUUCUUUCGUGGAGUUCAUCUGAAAGGAUAUCAAGAAGGACUGGCUUUACUUUUUAUACCUGAAGUAAGACGUUAUUUAAUAAAAGAGCUCGUUACAAGGUCAAAGUAGACACAACAACAAACAAAUGAUACUACACACACGCUAAAAACACUUCUGUCAGUCUUGAAACUUUCAGUGGUACCGCGCACGAGGCACUAUUAUUCUGCAAAAGAAACCUUGAACUAAUCUAUGUACAUGCCAAGUUACUCUCUACAUCAGACUCGUAUACCAAGUGUUUAUCACUGUGGUAUUUGGUGCUCGGACUUUCCUUGAAACGAGUCUGCCUCCACAUCAAGCGAUAAAUGGAUUCGAAGAGAAGCAAAGUUCCAUGCAAAACAUGGAAACAAAAACAAAACUUUCGUAAGGUACUAGUUUCAAUUUUAAAUCCCCUGCAAUUAAAUUGAGCAAGCUCUAACUUGUUAAAGUUGUCUUUCCUUAUUGUCAAAGUGUGCGUUGGGAAAACGUAAUGUUUCUUCUUUUUCCGUUAGUUUGACCGUCUCAAGGAUCCACUUGUGUGGCUGGAUGCUGCAGUGCAGAUCUUCUAUUCUCUGGGUGUGGCCUAUGGAUCAUUAAUAGCUUUCUCCAGUUACAAUCCUAUAAAAAAUGAUUCAACAAGAGACGCUAUAACAGUUUGCCUCAUCAAUUGCGCUACUUCGAUAUACGCAAGUGUUGUGGUGUUCGCUUUCAUAGGUUUUCAGGUAUAUUAUAAUUUUGCUUUUCUGCCCCUGGGCCUAACAAUUGUACAUAGUGCGUUUGAGAAAUACCAUAAUAUCUAGCUUUAGCCAAGGCCAGUAACAAUUAUUAAGUGAAGUUUCUCCAUUAAAAGAGUUUUUGCUAGGGUUAAACAAGUUUGGCUUUCAUGAGUUUCAAGGUGCAAGAAAUUAUCAGUAUAAUUAUAGCACACAAACAUUGUCUCUUGGUAACUUAUCCGUCCUAUCCAUUUCUGAAGUAAUACUCACGGGUUUCACGAGUUGUAUGCACUAUUUUUCGCCGAGAAACAAAUUUAAACUUCAAUUUACCUUACAGUAGUCCGUUCUUUUACCUUGCAUUCGACAACAAAUCCGUUAAAGGCGAACAAAAGCACUCUUCUUUUUUCUGAGCCUGCGAUCACUUGAAUGCCAUGUGAUCUUUUUUUUUAGAAGCCCUUUGCGCGCAAAAAACACUUUAAAAAACACGUCACCUCAAGCAGUUGUACACUUGAGUCUGCGAUACAGACAUGACACACUGGUCAGUGGAUUCUCUAUUUUGACAGCUCUAUUUUGAUCAUAACAUGGAUGCCCAAUACCAAGUUGAACACAAUUUGUUCUUGCCUUGGAUUUAAAAAACAUCCGCUAACAUGAAGGGGCGGACGUUCGGACAGACAAAUGGACGAUUUUGACAGAACAAAAAAUUCCUGGAUGCAUACAUAACUAAAUCGUCUUACCCUUGAUGCGCCGCUGCGCGCGCUUCGCGUGUGAGAGCUUCACUACUACCACUGUUGACCCUCAUAAUAAAACUAGUAAUAGACGACACUAUAGCUGUCCCUGCUCUGUAUAUUGUCGGUCAAUAGCAUUCUUGGUCGUUGUGUAGCACUUUGAAAUAUGCCCAUUCAUAAUGAAGAUUUUCAUACAUAUUCCAUACAAUAGGUGAGAUAUACAGAAAAAGCAAGGUUCAAUGUACAGUUUCAGUUCGAUUUACACAGUUUUGAUCAAAACAUUCUCAGUUUCGAGAGUAGUUUAUUCUAAACAAUAACAAAAGAUUUAAUUAGAAAUUGAAUUUUUCGCUAUUUCUCUUUCACUUUUUACAUUCAGUUCUUUUUUUUGCCGGAAAGUAAGCCUUAGAAAUUAAAAGGACGGUUGAUCAAUUCACGCUCGCGCAUUCUAGUCUUAUUUUAAACUUUAUAACGGAAGAACAUCUGCGAGCAGGGAAUAAGUGAGCACAGAAUUUGAUUGUCGGCGAAUUUCUGUAAUUGUCCAUCGUUCUGCUGGUGAUAAGCUAGCCGUUGUUCACUCGCCUUGCUUGUUUGGGGCUGAGUCUUAUUCCGGUCAAAGAGAGAGAAAGUGGCAAGGUUUCCAAUUAAAGAUUUGUGUCUGGCAAUUUAUCCAAGUGUUCAUAUAUACACAGUUAUACGCACCUUAUAACUUCAUCUGCGCUUAACGAGUGUCUUUUGGUCCAUCACUUUCAAAACAACUGCUCCCCAGAAUGUCACUGAUAACACGUAACACAAAAAGAGUAUCGAAGUAUGACUGCACAUUUGACUGCACAAUAAUUGUCGCAAAAUCUAGCUAUUGUGUGUUUUCACAUGACGUCAUGGCGGCCAUAUUUGUGUCUCAAAACAAUGAAACGGGGGCCAUGUUUGUGUCCCAAACUAGGCCUUUGGGAGUUGAACUCUUUUCUUAUGUAAACGCUUUCUUUUGUUCCAAUAAAUUUGCAUAGAUGCUGACCAGGUGAGUGAAAACACAGAAUUGUAAGCGGCCCCUUGGGGAUUUUCUGUCUUUACGUCAUCCUAACCAUUUCGUACUUGCGGGCGCAAACAAUAGAAACGUUAUCAUUACCUACCGAUUCCUCGCGGCCCCUGUUCAAGCAAAUCGAAAUUUUUCUGGCCUACUGACUGUAUAUUUCAUCUUUAAGUACUUUCCUUCAUAUACACGCGAGUUACUAGAGUGCCUCCUUGGGAUUUCGCCUUCUGGGUGAAAUCCUUUCGGGGGAAAUUAAGAAAGCAUAAACAUUCGGGUAUGUCGAUAGUCGUAAAAUCUAUUAUAUACUUUCCAGCGAAACCUAGGUAUGCUCAAAAUUAUGCUCGGAUGGAGUUAUUAUGCGUAUAAUGUUACGGGUGACGGAUCCCGUCUAAAUAUUGUGAUUAAAUUCCACCGUUUAAUGUCGAGAGUCAAAUAACGAAACUUCCAGGGCAAAGUUUACUCUCCUUUAUCUCGAUGGUAAGAUGGCCUUCAGUGUUAAAAGUGUUAUGAAUGAAGAAGCUGACAAAGGAAUCCAGCCAGAAGGCUAAAAUUCGUCCACAUACCGGUUUUAUAUCAAGACUAAUUAUCCGUUUCUAGUAAAAAUUCAGCCAUUAAAAUGGGGGUGUUUUUUGGACAAUUUCCUCAAAUUUCGUUUCAGCAGGUUAAGUUUUUCUUGACAAUGAAUUAACACCAAACAAGGAAGACGAAAUAUACUUCAAAUAUUCUGCUGUGCUAACACUUUUUUUCCGUUGUCCAGGCAGAAGACAAAAUGGACCUAUGUUUAGAUGAUCAAAAAGUUCAGGCUUUGCGACUGCUUAAAAGCACUGGAGUCACCAAUUUACCGAAAUCAAUAGACUUUAACGGAAUGGAUGGUGGAUUUCUCCGCGAGAUGCUUUACAAUGCGUCCAGAUUGUAUAAUGAGACGCUCAUUACUUGUGAUAAAAAGAAGUUUUUGAAGGUGAGACAGCUUACCGAUGUAUAUAAAUCUCUUUACUUCAUCUACACUUCAUCUAUGUUCACACUCUAUAUAUCCCAUAGCUUUUUUGCCGGAACAAAAACGAUACAGGACAGCGCUUCUUUUCACACAUAAGAACGGUGAUACCGGCGCGAAUCCGGAAGGCACUUUGCGAAACUAUGACGGUGACGGCGACGGCAACGGUAACGUCAAAAAGAAGUAGGUUCUGUAAGCAAAACAACAACUCUGCACGUGCACCACGCUUUUUUGAAAUUUCUUUGCCGUCCCUGCACGACUAUGACUUGAAAUGACCAAAUUGUAAGCUUUUUUGAGGACGGGAACGGCAAGGCGAUAUAUUCUCCCCCGCUGUCUGAACUCGGCCCAGCCCCCUCUCAUCAGUUCCAACAAAAGUUUCCUUCUUUUUAGUAAUUGGGCGACUUAGGAUAAUCGCGAAAUGGUUGAAAAGGAUGCGGAGUCUAUCUUUCAACGAGCUUUUAAUGGACGUCGCCGUUGUCGGAUCGUAAGAGAACGGAGCGAGGAUGCGCCUCGCCGAUCUCUUAAAGGGAAGAUUCGCAUAUCGGAUAGGUGUUCACUGAUACCAUACUGGAAAGCUUUUUGUGUCAGCACGAAAAGCUCUACGGUAUAAUGUGAAUAUAACCUUAGUUGUCAUUCGUAUCCUGGCGAUGCCCUUCAAAAGUAAAUCAGUCAUUGGUAGUUAUGUAUGGAGCGAUUUUCGUAUGACCUUGAAAUGAAAACGCACCAACAAAGCAGAAAAACAAACGAACGGAAAUAGAGCGAUUUGAUUGGUUUUGUCGAACGGAUACAAACGCGCGUGGCUUUUGGUUGGUUUAGUGAAUGCUCGGGCGAAAAAACUUCAUACCCGAGAACUUUCUAGUAAUCAACCAAUAAUUCGCUUUGACAUCAUACUGCAACAGGAUUGGCCAAUCGAACAAUGGCUUCUUUAUAUUAGGGUUUUCUUUGGCGGUAAAACGAAGAGGCCAUGUCUUGAUCUUUUUAUCCAUUGACUGCUAAAACAAAUAACGAACACUUACCGAAACCAUUUUUAAAGGUCAUACGAAGAUUGCUCUAUUCGCUUGUUAAAAACGCUUUUAGAUUAAUAUGCAUUGUCAACCAUACGGCCAAGUAAUGUCCCUGUUUUACCGUGACAGCGAUGCUAAAUUUCCGUCGUGGUUGAGCCGUUCGCGCCAGUUUCUAUCGGAGACGUAAACAAGUCAACUACGCGAUUGUUAGCAUCGCGAACGACUUUAUACGUGCUAAAAACCACGCCCAAAAGCUAAUAAGCCUUUGCUAGCAGGGCAUUCCUGGGUAUUCCUGGUAGAAUCAAACGAUUUUUAGGAAUCAGGUGAUCGAGAAGCACGGGCAUUGUUUACCGUUUGCAAAUCUGUUAGGUUAUCUGGAAGAUAUUAAAUACCAUUCACAACUGAUAAAUAGAAUCAAGAGAAGUCGUCUUCAGUCAUGAAUGUAUAUAAAGCACGGCUGAGUUGUCAACUCUAGUUUUGUCCGAAUAGAAUAGAUCCAGGGAAAAGUGGUUUCCACAAUAUACAAUAAACUAAAGUUCGAGUUGUUUUAAGUUUUAACUCCCGGUUAGGCCUUGCGUUUUGAAUAUUACAAAUAUUGCUGCUCGUUUUCAUAAGCUGUGCAUAAAUGUAGUUUUGGCAGAUUUCAUUCUUUUUAUGUUCUCUCAUUCAUUGCCGGCGGUAUUAUCAAAAAAAGGAAGGAUUUUUUUUCUUAAAUCCAAACACUCAGAAAGUAGUCUAUAUUCCCUACGAAACAAUUUUUGAGGAUCUGAUCAUAGUUUCUCGGAAUAUCUAUGAAUUCUUCGACGAACUGUUGAGCAAAACUUUCAGGGUCCAAUUUCCAAUUCUAGUCCCAACGAAUUAGACAAUUGCGUUUUCCGUUUUUGCCUUCCUAGGUUCCUGGAGGACAAGGUCUGGCCUUUAUAGUAUUCACCGAAACGAUAAAUAAGCUGCCUUUUGCGUCACUGUGGUCUGUUAUGUUCUUCUUGAUGCUCAUCACCGUGGGUAUUGAUACCGAGUUUGGAAUGCUGGAAGGCGUGGUCACCCCGGUCAUUGAUCAAAAUCUCUUCCCUAAGCUGAAGAAGGAAUACAUUUCAGGUUAGUGUUGACUCUCGCUCCCUGAUAGACUAUUCACAGUCUCCUAUUUUUCUGUAAGAUCGUCGAGAUCGAGCGCUUUGCGCUACCAGCGGCCAUCUUAGUUUCAAAUGUUCCUAGUUUAGCCUGAAGAUGAGCGUCAAACCUACUUAGGGGCGGAGGACACUCUUCGCCCACUUGUAUAAAGCCGAAUGAUCCCCCCACCCUCCCCUCAAUACACAUGAAACCAUGAUAGCCGCCAGUUCGUACCGGUUAGCGCUCGAUUCUGACGAUCUUUUGAAACCAUGCAUAGGGGACUGUGAACAGUCUAGAGUCCUGAAUUUUCCCUUGGACUUUCCAACACCAGUAUCGAAUGUACAGGGCUAUUAAUAUGGGCGUUGUAAGACGAGCAAACUCGAGUCACAAGCUAUAGCUACGAUGUUUAUUAGGGAAGUGAUUUUCUAGUCGCUCUAAACUGGUUCCAGUGGAAGAAGAAUCCGCUGUACCGCUCUCUUAGCGCUUUCACGCUGUUUGUGGAGUGUUGAGUCAUUAACCCGUAAUUAAGCCCAAAGAAUGAUCAACAGCAAAUUUGGUGACAAUAAUUUUAAAAGGAUAUGAUCACACAGGAGCGUAUUUAUUUGAUACUUCAACAACUUCGAUUUCCCCAUCUCAUAAUUCUAUCGAAAAUGUUUAGGAGCAACAAAUGAGAAAUAAAUAUAUAACGAUUUUAAGGUAACACAUCCACUUAGUGGUUCUUCGUCUACCUAAUUCCUGGUCCAAUUGGAAUUUGGAAAUGUUAGUUUUUGAGAAGAGGGGAAAACCGAAGUACCCCGAGAAAAACCUCUCAGAGCAAGGAAGAGAGCCAAUAACAAAUUCAACCCACAUAUGGUGUUGACGCCGGAUUUUCACCCGGGCCACACUGGUGGGAGGCGAGCGCUCUCACCACUGCGUCACCAUUGCUUUCCCCCAAAAAAUUAAAUUCGGGUUGAAAGGAUAACCCAUUUUUUUUGGUUCAUUUAAGGUAUCAUCUGUUUGGUGAUGUGCAUUAUGGGUUUGCCCUUAGUACAGCACUCAGGGGAAUACUGGAUGCAAUUAAUAGUAAACUACUGCUCCAGUAUUCCACUGCUUAUCAUCGCCUUGGUGGAAUGCAUCGCUGUUUCGUAUAUUUACGGCAUCGACAGGUGAGAGAUAAACACAAGGCUUCUUACCUUGUUUACUAUUUACAUUAACCUGAGAUCAGGCUCUAUUUUCGUUUCGCUUUGAAAAUUACAUUCCGGCGGGCAAGGCGAAACGAAAAGUGCCAAUUUCAGCGGUAGCCGUUAGAGAGAAUGUAUGAGAACCGCUCAAAUUGAGCCUGAUCUCAGGUUAUAUUUACAUAUACAACUGCAAAAAAAAACCGGAGAUUUUGGUUGGUUACCAUUUACAUGAGUAAACCGGUCGGUUGACAGUUUGGGUAAAUUGUAAGCAAAAUUCAGGACUGGUAAAUUUCGUCCUGGAAUCGCUUACAUUUGUACAAAUUGGUUCCAUUUACCGAAAAACACCCGCCAAGGCCGGAAAUUUUUAUCAAACAUGGCUUUGAAGAAAUGGAACACUAAUUUCCGUUUGGAAGAUUCCAUCCGGAAAAACAGGACCACCUUAUCAGAUGAGUUCCGUUGCUCCCGGAAAUCUUCUGCCGGAAUGACCCAAAAAGGCAUGUGUCAUUUACUUUUCGACCAGAUUUUUCGCCGGAAACUUUUAGUAAAUGGUAAGCAACCUUUGGAAAUUGGAAAUUGGAAAUUGGAAAUUUCGGUGAAAUGCCCAUCAAUGAAGAAGGUAUUCCAUUUGAAAGGGGUUCCAUCCUUUCUUUCCUUGAGUGGUACCGACAGGGCCGCGAGAUAGCCUGAAACUGGCGAAGCCUCAUGAAAACACGGUUUCCAGCGGGAAGAGAGGACUACCUUUUCAGAAUUGAAGUUCCACGUCCUCCGGAAAGAAUUCAGUGGAAGGCACAAAAAAUUGUGUGUUGCAUUUACAUUCCAACCCGCUAGUCCCGUUUUCUGAGUUGGGCAUUCCAGAUAGAAAGUCAUGUUCCAUUUAUCGACAUUCACCCCCCGGGGUAAAUAUAGGUAUGCGCCACCCCCAAAGGGUAUGGUUUUUGGGCCUCUUUGGCUUGAAAACAGGUAUACACUUUGCCUAUUUUGGACUGGAAUCGGGUAUGCUGUUCAAGAGAAGUACGAGAGCGUAUGAACCUACUGUUAUCGUUCAAUUCCAAAUGAAUAAGAACGAAAUAGAAAUCUGAGAACUGGAAAUACAUUUGAAGCAUUAUUUUGUUUGCGAUCUAAUUUAAGUAAUGAUGACAUAAUUUCUGCCUAAAGGUCUGGCCUGAAAACGGGUGUGGAAAAUGACAUUUUUUGGUCUGAAAUAGGGUCAGGAUUUGGAGGACCGGGCGGCACUCCCCCACCAAGAAUUUCCAGGAGUACCCCCACCCCCGGGCAUUUACCAUAUCUUUAUCACGAUCUCCAAGCCCUUUUCGCUUUCACCGUCUUAACUUAUCUUUUGAACUAAAUUGUUUGUUCCGAAUGACAAUUAUAUUCGAAAUUUUCGGAGAAAAUAUUGUUGAAUGGCAAGCAACCUUAACUAACAUAUCAUACUGCAAGUAGCACUCUGGCUUUUUCCUCUCUCUUGCUCUUGCACGCCAUUGAACUCACCCUAGAUCGUUAACGCUAUGUAGGUUGCAAAGGUUUCGUGAGAGAGCUGUAAGUUCCGUGUUUCAAUGCUACUAAACUUACGGUAGUUUUGAAAAACCUUUAAUGACAAAUUUCUACUUUUAAACAGAUUUAGCGACGACAUAAAAUACAUGACGAACAAACCGCCUCGUUUUAUUUGGAAGUGGUGUUGGAAGGUCAUUUCUCCGGUCACUAUAUUGGUUGUACUUUCUAUGAGCAUUAAAAGCAUGUCACAAACUACAGCACAGUACGACGUAUGGGACCCUGUUAAGGUAGGUAAUUCUAAGUCAAUAAACCCCUUGAGAGGGCCGUUAGAUCACGGCAUAACAGGGAGCUGAAGCAACGACGACGGCGACGGCAGCGAGAACGGCAAUAAACCAGUAGGUUUAGAUUAACAAGAUAACAACUUUGUACGUGCAUCACGCUUUUUUGUACAUUUCUUUGCCCUCGUUGCUCGACUACAACGUGGAAAUGCCUAAUUUCACGUUUUGUCGAGGACGGGAACACAACAACAAUUUUCUUUUUCUUUUCCUGAAAUUUGAUAUAAUCCUUUAGAAUUCAACUCCAAAGAAAUCUGCCAACAUUUGACGUCGCUGUCGCCGUUGCUUAGGUUCCCUAUUAAUGUUCACGAUGGAAGGAAGGGAGAAGUGACAGGAAGCUGCACAUUGUAUUGCGCAUGGGCAAUGUAGCCCGCCGGGAUCAAUAAGGCUGAAGGGAAGCUUCCUUCCGUGGCACAUUUGGGAAAAUUAACUGAAAUACAAAUUGAAUCGGGUUUUUCAGACCGGGCCGGAGAAAAACCUCUCGGAGCAAAGGAGAGAACCAACAACAAACUCAACCCACAUAUGGCGUUGAACCCGGGCCACAUUGGUGGGAGGCGAGCGCUCUCACCACUGCGCCAUCCCUUGCUCCCUUGCUCUCUCUGAGACACAGGUAAACCAGGGCUGGUGUCUUGCAUUUGAUCGAACUGUCGCUAAUAAGUUUCUAUCCUUUUUAGGGUAUUACAGUCUCCAUUCCUUAUCCAGCUUGGGGAAAAUUCUUGGCGAUAUUGAUUACUCUCAUGUCCAUAUUUUUUAUUCCUGCGGUGGCGUUUUUACGUUACUUCCGCGUGAUAAGCUUGGGAAAACCGGAACUGCCGGCUGUGGUCUUGGAGGGAGACGACUUCCCUUCGAACGAUUUGAACGCCUCAGAACUCCAGCCUCUUCAUAAUGGAAAGACCCAAAAGGAAAAGAAAAUGCGAAAACUGAGUUUUGCCAGGAGAAAAUUUAGACUUGAAGAUAAAUUAGCAACAGAGAGUUCGGACACAAAUAAAAACGGUCCACUGAACCGUGUUAUUACCGCCAAUGGACAGGUCUACCAACUGGUGAAUCAGCACAAUGGAGGUGCGGCAAUGUUUAUUUGACAUAGAUCGAGCAACGCUUGCUCAAUGUUAAUUUAAUUUUUAUGAAUAUCGUCUACAUGAAAAUUGCAUAAUCUCGCGACAACAACCAUACUAACUGGAUCGUUAUCCGAUGAAAGUUCAGUGUCUGUCAGUCGAUAUCUCCCACACCCUGGGCGUUGUCCUCAAGUGUGUAUUGGAAGAUUUCGAUUUCAUUAAAUUUAUGGGUCUGUUUUACCCAUGCAUUGUACUGAUGCGGAUAUUUUGAAGUCUAGAAAAGUGAUAAUCCGAAUAUGUUGAAUUUGUCCUCGGUGACUAUUAAAAAGUCGCAGGAUUGCUGAAGUCAGGCUAUUUGCUUGGUAGUGCUACCUAGUGCAACCCUAAAGCCCGGUUGAUAAUAAAAUUGUCUUUUUAUGGAAAACAGAUCACAAAUUGACCGCUCAAGGGAUGAGAUAUCUCUUCUAGAACUUAGAAUGUAUCAUAGUUUCCUAUAUAACGGUUGUUGAUAAUAGACUUACUUAAAGAGUCAAAUCCAUUUAAAAAUGUGGUGACAAUGAAGCGCAUAUCUCAAAGUUCUCUUGGAUGUCAGCAAACCAAGGGCACAUGUGCAGCGUGGUAAUCAAAUUAAGUCAAGAUCAUCCCUCAGACAACAUUAACCUCCUUGGCGCGAUGGGUAACCCUUGCCAAGUACAGUCGUAGAUGCAGAACAGCCAAUCACAAAUCAUUGAUUUGUCGGAGCAUCCUUCAGUACAGCGUGGCCAUCAGCGCCGGAAUCUGCCCGGAAUAGUCACGUUUGGCAUUGACUUACGCAUAGGACUUUCCAUGAAAAGAAAACCUUCGCGUCUUAGUGGUAGUCUAAGUUAGACAAAAUAAUAAUCGACAAUAAUGUUAUUAAUAUGAGUGAUUCAAAUUAGAAUCCAGAUAAAGAGUUGGACCAAAUUUUCUAUUGUGAACGAG